AUGAUACUCCUCCAUUUUGUCCUCCUCCUCAUCUUUCACGGUCUUUCUGGGAUCUGGAAGUUCCUAGUCCUGUGCUACAAUAGGCCAUGGCUCGUCGUCGCCCGCCUGGCCACCGAGUACAACCUUUGGAACUUUGACACCACCAACAUUGCCUACAGCAUCGUCCGUAUCAUCCAUACGAUAGUCAAAGAUACCGAGCAUGAGGAACGCCAAGUCCAUGUUCAACCCCACCCAUUCCUUUUGCAGCUGCCAUCCGUCCGUGAGGCCCUCAGACUCGCGGACCUCGUAACGCUUGGCAACCGCAUCGCUCAGCGUCUCACCGGGUACGGCUGGGCCGUUGUCAUUGUGGUCACCCUUGAUGCCUGGUUGGUCCUCAAGUACUGCAUUAUCGAUCGUUUACCGGACACAGACGCCAGAGGGCAACGGAACUUCUACCAAAAGGCGGCCAAGGGAUUCAUCUUCUUGAUCAACAUCACGUUUUUUAGCAUCAGGAUCUGUGCCGCGAUCUUGAAGGACGAUGCCGGAAUAUGCCGUCAACCACUCGGUGUGCUCUUGUCCGCUGCUUAUAUCUAUCCCGUGUCACCAGCGGCUAUUGCUCACACCUCACAAUAUGCCCUUCGUGGAAACGCUCAUCCGUGUGGGACAGAAACCACUAGUGUUUCGGACCAUCCUCGUCCUUUGGGGCAUAGCGGUGGUGACGUUGCUGGGCCUUGCCUUCACAACUACCAGGGUACCGGGGUUCAUUACGCUUUCCAGAUCGCCGAUUGCGGCAUGAAGGUAUUCGGUCCAACGGUUCCGGAUUACACCCUCAACAUUGGUCUUCACCCGUUCCUCACCGACGUGCCUUCCAUUCGCGACCUCCUGGGGAUUAAUAGGUGGGAUGGAACGGUAGUCAUGGUGGUUACUGCAGCCUCUUGGAUGUGCCUCUGCCGUAUUUUCAAUGGCCUGAAGAGCACCCAUGGUCCUGGGGUGUAUGAAGGUCAGUAA